CCUCCGCCGCCGGCUCCCGGGGCCUCGAAGCCUCCGGGCCUCCUCCGCAGUGGUGAGCCCUCGGGGGAGGGGGGAGGCCGGAGCCGGGCUCCCUCGGCUUUGUGUGUGUGUGUGUGUGUGUGUGUGUGUCCCCCACAACUCCGUCGCCGUCGCACUUCGGCCGCCCCCAGCCCGGGACAUGCCUCGGCCGGGGUCGGCGUGGGCGGCCGCCCUCCUGCUGCUGGUGCUGGCGCUGGGGCCGCGGCCGGGCGGCUGCUCGGAGAUCACCUUCGAGCUGCCCGACAAUGCCAAGCAGUGCUUCUACGAGGACAUCACCCAGGGCACCAAGUGCACCCUCGAGUUCCAGGUGAUUACUGGUGGUCAUUAUGAUGUAGAUUGCCGGUUGGAAGAUCCUGAUGGUGUGGUGUUAUACAAAGAAAUGAAGAAACAGUAUGAUAGUUUUACCUUCACUGCAUCCAGAAAUGGAACAUACAAAUUUUGUUUCAGCAAUGAGUUCUCUACUUUCACACACAAAACUGUGUACUUUGACUUUCAAGUUGGAGAAGAUCCACCAUUGUUCCCCAGUGAGAACAGAGUCAGUGCUCUUACACAGAUGGAAUCUGCUUGUGUUUCAAUUCACGAAGCUUUGAAGUCUGUCAUCGACUACCAGACUCAUUUCCGACUAAGAGAAGCUCAAGGACGCAGCCGGGCAGAGGAUCUAAAUACAAGAGUGGCCUAUUGGUCAAUUGGAGAAGCCAUUAUUCUUCUUGUUGUUAGCAUAGGGCAAGUAUUUCUUCUGAAAAGUUUUUUCUCCGAUAAAAGAACCACUACAACCCGUGUUGGAUCAUAACUAGUGUUUUGAGAAUUGAUCCACUAUACAUCUGUAAUGUUGCUGUUUUCCAAUUAAUAGUAGGUACCGAAGAACUUAAUAUUGGCAAUAUUUUAAAAGCCUCUUUACCCCCUUACAUUUGUUGUGGGGGGGAAUGCAACAUAUAUCCCUAACCAUGGGAAAGGACACCUUUUUAUUUGAAAAAAAUUGAAAAACUUCAGAACUUGUUUGAGGCUUUUCAUGUUAAGUAUCCAACACAAAUGUUCUACCCUUUCCACAGUUGUUUGUAUUCACUCUUAUCGCUCUAAACUUUGUCAUGUUGAUUCUUUUUAAUUGGUGAGACUACUUCUGUCAUAGGGAACUGAUGUUUUAAUUCCUUAGGUUGCUUUAAAGAUAAGUUAUGGUAUGGAGGAAGAAAAUAGCCCUUUUAAUAAUUUAGGCAUGAAUUUUUGUUUUUUAAACCAAUGUGAUGAACUGUAGACUAAGCCCUGUACUGCACUUUUGAUUUGUUAUUAAAAAAGUCUGCCGUAGUUACAUAAUUUUGAUUCAGUUUUGAGUUGACAUAUCAUGGUACAAAUUGUUAUUCUUCAAUUGCCUGUAAAGUAGCAGGUUUUAUACUCAUUCUGUAGUUUAUAAAAGCAGUGAGUUUUUCAGUAAUUGUAGAAUUGAAACCUUAGAGAUUUUGGUUGACAACACUGAGAGAUAUUAGAGCUGUAGUUAGAGAGAAUUUCUGAUUACUGCCACAAACAUCACAAUUUCUAUAUUAGCAUAUUCUUUUGCCUUUAAUAAUGACUGACUUUCUCCAUCUGUGGUUACCUUGAUUUUAGAUAUCAAGUUAUUGUAAUUCUUUGAGCUAUUUAAAAUCUAGUUUGACAUUUUCAUUGUUAGCAUUACACAAUGCUGUACAUUUAGUGAGUGUUAGGCAAUGAUACUUUUUUCCCCUUGAACUUAGAACUGGAGUCACAAUUGUUUAUAUUUGGUUAUUGGUCGUGAAACAGUGACAGAAAGGGUUCAAAGUGUUUUUUAUGUGUUAUUUUUUCAUCCCAAUAAGUGGUUUGCAUUGGUUUCAACUUUUAAUAGAUGCUGUAUCACAUACUUUUAUUGAGCUACGAAGGGCAUUUUUCUUUGAAACAGAAAAAUAUCCUUAUUUUGUGUAAAUCAAAACUCUCAUUAAGAUUAGUUUGCUCUGUCCUAGAAUAGGAUCGUUUUGCUGUGUCUAUAAUGCUCAGCCAAAAAUUCUACAAAUAGUUAAAACAUUUUUCUGACGUCAAAAAAAGUUUUUUGUUCCCCUGUGACCCUGUAUGAAAAUGAGUGCUGUAUCAGAAAUGUAAUUGUUGAAUCCCUGUGGCAUUUGAUACUAAAGAGUACUAAUUGAACAGCAUUUCUAGUCAGUCAGUUACCAUCAUUGACCAGAAAUUGCCAGUUCGUAAUUCUGAGAGCUUUUUUAAUACAAACACAUUUCCAGCAAGUUUUUCUUUUUUUCUAAUAGGGGAAAAAGUUGCUGUUGUGGUUAACUUUAAGUCCCACAACAUAACAACAGCAUUUGCAAAAUGAAUCUUGCAUGAUUUAAAUCCUUAAAGUUAAGAUUUUUCAAGGCAAAACAGAACUGCACAUAACAAGAUUUGGACAAAGAUCUAAAGUUGUAGAUUUGUUCAUGAGAAGUGUGGUGCAGAUAUUUAGACUUGAUUUGGAUUUGAUUUCAACUUAGUGAAUAUCCUAUGCAUAAUAUUAAUGCAAUUGACACAAAAGCAUAGGUGUACUUUAAUAGGUCCUUUUCAUACUGCUACUCCGCUCUGUCCUGUCCUUCAGAUGUUUUAUUAGGCAGUAUAUGUAUGUAUGUGUGUGUGUAUAUAUAUAUAUAUAUGGAGCAGGAAGGUACCAGAUAUUUCAGGUUUGUCAUAAGACCAGAAUCAUUUAAUCUGUGCCCCUAAAAAAGAUAAUUGUCUAAAAUACUGAAAUAUACUGAAUUUUGUGAAACCAGCAUUUUUCCUUCUAUUAUAUUUGGAGAACAACAAAAUUUAAAGUACUUAUAAGUCAAGACUUGGUCCACAAAAUAUUUAAGCUAAUAAAUUAAUUUUUGGUGUUUGUUUACUUUCUUGACUUGUGUGUGUGUGUGUAUGUAUAUUAGAAAAUACACAUCUCUCUAUAUAGAGGCACAUGCUAAUUGAACGGUUUUUUCUUCCUCCCAUUAAAAAUGCUUGAUCUGUUGAGUCGUAAAGAAAAAUUUGAAGCCAGUUCUUUCAUCCUUUCAACUUACUCUAAUAGUUUGAAAAUUCCCAGAUGUUUGCUUGGACCCAUGGCACAGGAUGCAUAUUUAAACAUUCAUAGUUGUAUAUAUUUUUUUAAGUAGUCAAUGGAAAGGGAUUUAGUAUACAAGUUUAUAUGCUAAAACAUCAACUUGUGAAGUAAACAUCUUAAAAUAUUGUUUUGCUGAUAAAAUCUAAACAUUUGUAUGUUAAAAGAAGGAGUGGUAGUGAUGUGUGAUUCAAAAAGGUCACCCAAAGCUUGAUAUUAAACUUUGAAUACAAUGAACUGAAAAACAAUUUUUAAAAACUAUUCUUUGAAAGAUUUGUUUGUUUAAAUCCUUGUGUAUUGUCAGUUCCUGUUUUAGUUUGUAAAUGUUUAACAUUUAUAGUUUGAAUGAAACAAAGCAGAUCCUUUGAAUAUUGUUUUGGAAAAAUUAAAACAAAUUAAUAUAUGAA